GACAGCCUAAUCAACAGCCUGGAAAGUGCUGGGGCAGCUCGCAUCAAAAAGGCACCACUGCUUCUACAUUUCUAGUUUUAAUGGUGUCGGAAAUGCGUUUCCCUUUACGCCUCGUCAUUGCAGCAACACCUUUUCAGCUUCUUCGUUAACUGAGGUUGCUGCAUCAAUAUUGGCUGAGGAGGAAGUUUGGGAAGUUGUGGAGUUCCAAUUUUGAUUGAGAAAUCUGUUUGGAUUGGAGGAUAUGGCUGUUGUUGUAGCUGUGUUGUUUCUCUAUGUUGUUGGUAUCAGUGUGUCAAUGGCUGCAUUCACACCUGCUAAUAACUACUUGCUUGCCUGUGGAUCUUCACAAAAUGUGAUCUUUCUUGGCCAAACAUAUGUUCCUGAUUCAGUUCCAUCCUCCUCAGUUGCUUUGAAAAGCCGUGGGGAUUCUUUUGUUGUCUCCUCCAACUCCACUGCCCCCUUCCCUAUCUAUCAGUCGGCUCGAGUCUUCAGGAGCACGGCCUCUUACAGAUUCGAUAUAAAGCGACAGGGUCGCCACUGGGUUCGCCUCCACUUUUACCCUCUCCCGGGCCAGAAUCUGACUUCUGCUUCCAUCACUGUUGUGACUGAGGAUUUCGUGCUGUUGCACAACUUCAGUUUCGAUACCUACAAGGGUUCGUAUCUCUUCAAAGAGUAUGCGGUCAAUGUGACUUCGAACAGCUUGUUGGUCACGUUCAUUCCCACGAAUGGCUCUGUGGCCUUUGUCAAUGCCAUUGAGGUCGUGUCUGUUCCGGAUAGCUUGAUUCCUGACCAGGCAUCUGUCGCGCCAUAUGGUCAGUUUGAUGGCCUUUCCGGGCUGGCUUUGGAGACCAUCUAUCGUCUGAAUAUGGGCGGUCCUCUGAUUACUGCUCAGAACGACACUUUGAGGAGAACUUGGGAGAAUGAUGGCAAGUAUCUCCAUGUGAACAGCUCUGCCUCAAAUGUUUCUGUCAACCCUUUGAAUAUAAAAUAUGGUGAUGCUGUUGCACCCGAGAUAGCUCCUAAUUAUGUCUAUGCUACUGCUGAAACCAUGGGAGAUGCGAGUGUGUCUAAUGUGAACUUCAACAUCACAUGGGUCCUCCAAGUUGAUCCUAGUUUCUCGUAUUUCUUGCGGGUGCAUUUCUGUGACAUUGUGAGUAAAUCUCUGAAUAGUCUGAUAUUUAACCUAUACAUCAAUACUGAUAUUGCCGUAGGGAGUCUGGAUCUGUCGAAUAAAGCAGGCAAUUUGGAUGUGCCGUAUUACACAGAUUUUGUAUCCAAAGUUCCUGAAGGUUCAGACACUCUCACAGUAAGCGUCGGUCCUGACAUUAAUGCUGAUUUCCCAAAUGCCAUAUUGAAUGGUCUUGAAGUCAUGAAGAUCAGCAAUGAAGCUAAAAGCUUGACUGGAAGCUUGCCCGUUGAUACUCUCCUUGUGCUGCCUCCCAAAAAGCAUAAAACUGGUGUCAUAAUCGGCUCUGUGGUUGGUGCUGUGGUCACAUUAAUCCUUUGUGGAUUGUGUUGCUUCUGCUUGGUGGCUCGUAGGUCGAAGGAAGCCAACCAGGGAAGCUCGUGGCUUCCUCUGCCCAUGUAUGGAAACUCUUUGACCAUGACAAAAAUGUCCACCCUUUCUCAGAAGAGUGGUACAGCCAGUUGCAUCUCGUUAGGUUCCUCCAGUCUUGGCCGGUUCUUCACGUUUCAAGAAAUAAUGGAUGCAACUAACAAAUUUGAUGAAGGCAUGCUACUUGGUGUUGGUGGUUUCGGUAGGGUGUACAAAGGAACUCUGGAGGAUGGGACUAGGGUGGCUGUGAAGAGAGGGAAUCCGAGAUCCGAGCAAGGUAUUGCUGAAUUCAGAACUGAGAUUGAAAUGUUGUCCAAGCUUCGCCAUCGUCACCUCGUGUCACUUAUUGGCUACUGUGAUGAACGGUCUGAGAUGAUUUUGGUGUAUGAAUACAUGGCAAAUGGGCCCCUCCGGAGCCAUCUCUACGGAACAGAUCUCCCUCCUCUUUCCUGGAAACUGCGUCUGGAGAUAUGCAUUGGUGCAGCUAGGGGGCUUCAUUACCUCCACACUGGAGCGGCUCAGAGCAUUAUUCAUCGAGAUGUGAAGACAACCAAUAUACUCCUAGAUGAGAAUUUUGUUGCAAAAGUGGCCGACUUUGGUCUGUCUAAAACUGGACCAGCUAUUGAUCAGACUCAUGUGAGUACGGCUGUCAAAGGUAGCUUCGGAUACCUUGAUCCCGAGUACUUCAGGAGGCAACAGCUCACUGAGAAAUCAGACGUCUACUCAUUUGGCGUGGUUCUCAUGGAGGUGCUCUGCACGAGACCAGCCCUGAACCCGGUUCUUCCACGAGAGCAAGUGAAUAUUGCCGAGUGGGCAAUGACCUGGCAAAAGAAGGGAAUGCUGGACCAUAUCAUGGACAAGAAUCUUGUAGGGAAGGUAAACACUGCUUCUCUCAAGAAAUUCGGUGAGACAGCAGAAAAAUGCCUGGCCGAGCACGGUGUUGAUAGGCCCUCCAUGGGAGAUGUUUUAUGGAACUUGGAGUAUGCUCUCCAGCUCGAGGAGACAACAUCAGCCCUCAUGGAGCCUGAUGAUAAUAGCACUAACCAUAUCCCUGGCAUUUCUUUAACACCGUUGGAGCCAUUUGACAACAGCGUGAACAUGAUUGAUGGAGUUAACUCAGGAACUGACGAUGAUGCCGAAGAUGCAGCCUCCAGUGCUGUUUUCUCUCAACUGGUGAAUCCCCGUGGCAGGUGAACAACGGAAAAUCUUGAUUUUGUUUGCAUCUCUGGGAUGGGGGGUCACUCUGAGUGGAUUCGACUUUUGGAUUCAAGGAUGACCUACAUACUACGUACCCGAGCAUACAAAGGUGAUUGCCAUUUAUUCUAUUGUUGGGAUUCCCUCAUUUUUCCCCCUUAAUAAUAUUCAACACGAGUGUCUGCAGUAUAUAGUGUUGCUGGGGCAAAUGCAUAAAUCCAAGUUGUGUUUGCAUAGCCCAUCAUCAAUCAUAUGUAUCUCUAUAUUCAAUUGGAUUAAUACAAUUUAUAGCUAGCUUCCAUUUCCUUCUACA